UUAGUUAAAAAAGAAGUAUAUUUGCAGUUGCUAGAUUCGGUCACACUACAAAUAUCUCACACAACACAGCCACACACAUACACCAAUACACACGCACACCAAUGCGCACUUGACUUCCACAGUUUCUUUAUUUUGUGCAGAAAAAAAAGUACUUAGUAUUGCCGCUAAAGUAACGAAAUUUAUUGUGUACGCGAUUACGAAUGCUGCCAAAGUGUAAUUAAUAAUGCCAGCAGCUGCUACAAACAGCAGCUAAUUAAAUAUUUUGUUACGGACUUGGAUUUGGAGUUGUUGUCAUACCCAUCCCCUCCGUUACGAUUGUACGUGGCGUUUGCGAAACCGAAUCUGAGUCUGAAUCGGUCAACAAGCGGUCGAGGUCGUAGGCAAGCGAGUGUUAAUAGAUUUGUAUUGUCACGGUGGGCACAAGCACGGCAGCGGGGCAGACCGAUUGUGAGCAUGGCGGACGCUGCGGCAAAGCCAGCGGCCGAAAAGGGCGGGGGCGAUCCCCAAAUGAAGGGCUGGCUGCUAAAGUGGACCAACUACAUCAAGGGCUACCAGCGUCGCUGGUUUGUGCUAUCCAAGGGUGUGCUGAGCUACUACCGCAACCAAUCGGAGAUCAAUCACACAUGCCGCGGUACGAUAUCGCUCCAUGGUGCGCUCAUACACACCGUGGAUUCGUGCACGUUUGUCAUCUCAAACGGCGGCACACAAACCUUCCACAUCAAAGCGGCCAAUGAGGUCGAGCGGCAGUCGUGGGUGACAUCGUUGGAGCUGGCCAAAGUGAAGGCCAUACGGGCCAUCGAGAGCGAAGAGGAGGAGGCCGAGGAGACGGCGCAGGUGGUGCCCAGUCAGGAGAUCAACACUGUGGUGCGCGACCUCACCGAACGCCUGGAGAACAUGCGCACAUGCUACGAUCUGAUAACCAAGCACGGCGCAGCACUUCAGCGAGCACUAAACGAUCUGGAAUCAAAUGAGGAGGAAUCGCUGGCGAGUCGUACAAAGAUUGUCAACGAGCGCGCCACACUCUUCAGGAUCACAUCAAAUGCAAUGAUCAAUGCGGGCAACGACUAUCUGCGAUCGGCUGAAUCGCAGGGCCACAAAUGGUCCAAGAUGUUACACCAUGAGCGCGAGCAGCGCCAGCGACUGGAAGAGAUCAUUGAGCAGAUGGCCAAGCAGCAGUCGCAAAUGGAGCAGGCUGCCGUGCUAGUGCGCCGCAACAAGCCGCUGCCGUUGGCAUCGUCCAGCACAACCAUGUCUAUAAACUCAGGGCCCCCCGGCACGAAUUUAACCUCAGACGACGAGACCGAAUUUUUCGAUGCCGAGGAAUACGGAUACGGCCGAACAGGCGAAUCGCCAAUAGACGGCACGUUCAUACUGAAGCUUAACAAGCGACGCAGCAGUUCCGAGGAUCACGUCGGCUCGGAGGGCCAGACAGGCAGCUCAUCGGAAAGCGACGAGCAGAAGCGCACCAUUAAAACCGUACAGCAAGUGUGUCUUAUCAGCGCGGUACGCGUGGCCUCCGGUGACGACGACGAGGCAGACAAAGUUGAUCGCGUCGCGAACGCUAACCCAGAUGAUUUACCAAGUAACAGUUCGAGGGCGAGCGGGGGUAGCAAGAAGCUGCUGCCGGCCAGGAAUCGGCGCACGAGUGUGCCGGACAAGCCUAACUAUCCGCUUAGCCUUUGGUCAAUCAUGAAAAACUGCAUUGGCAAGGAUCUGUCCAAAAUACCUAUGCCCGUUAAUUUCAACGAGCCGCUCUCCUUGCUACAGCGCCUGGUCGAGGAUUAUGAGUAUGCCGAAAUACUGGAUCAUGCUGCAUCGUGCACCGAUGAGAGCGAACAGUUGGCCUAUUUGGCGGCCUUUACGGUAUCCGCAUAUGGCACGACAGCGAUUCGCACUGGCAAACCAUUUAAUCCAUUGUUGGGUGAGACAUACGAAUGUGACCGCACGGACGAUCUAGGCUGGCGCUGCUUGGCUGAACAGGUUUCACAUCAUCCGCCCGUAGCUGCUCUGCACUGUGAGGGAAAGGAUUGGGUAUGCUGGCAGGAGUUUUCCAUGACGAGCAAGUUCCGCGGCAAAUAUUUGCAGGUUAAUCCGCUUGGCGGGGCAUACGUUUUGUUCCCCAAAAGUGGCAAUCGCUACUCCUGGCACAAAGUGACAACCACUGUGAAUAACAUUAUCGUCGGCAAGCUCUGGGUGGAUCAGCACGGAACGAUGGAGAUAGAGGGCACCAAUGCAGCGCAUGGAAACAAGUGCAUCCUAAACUAUAUACCCUACUCCUAUUUCAGCCGUGAGGUACAGCGCAGCGUGAAAGGCGUGGUAGUCAAUCGCAAUAAGGAGGCUAAGUGGGUGGUACGAGGUACCUGGGACGACAAAAUCGAAAUAGCACCCGUCUUGCACACCAGCGGCACAGCGGAGGGUCCUACCUACACCACUGGCGAGUACAAGGUUGCAUGGAAGCGUCGCCCGGCUCCACCCGAGUCGGAAAAGUAUUACAACUUCACCACAUUUGCCUGUCAGCUUAACGAGCCGGAAGAAGGUGUAGCGCCCACGGACUCGCGUCUUCGUCCCGAUCAGCGACUUAUGGAGGAAGGUGCAUGGGAGGAAAGCAACAAGGAGAAAGUGCGCCUUGAAGAGAAACAGCGAACGGCGCGAAGAGAACGUGAAACUGAGGCCGAACAGGCUGCUGCCGAGGGACGACCCUACCCGGUGUACGAGCCCAUGUGGUUCAAGCGUGAAAAGGAAGAGGGUAGCGAUAAUUUUGUGCACGUCUGCAAGAACACAUACUGGGAGGCCAAGGCGGCUCAAAACUGGAGCGGCUGUCCAGAUAUCUACUAAUAGCUGAACUCUAUGUGAAUUAUUUCAAUACGCAAGCCUCGAAACUUCGCUCUCAACCCCUAAACAAAAAAAAAAAAACAAAAAACAAAAAAAGAAACAACUCCCCAAGACACUCACAGUCAAGCAUAAAUAACUUUUA